UCCUCAUCUCUCUGGCUCCUGUUGUACGAUGACGCUACUUGGAGACAUGCUGAGUCACAUCGUCGGCGGCGGGUCGCAUGGGGUGAAGGUGAGAGGAACGGUGGUGUUGAUCCGGAAGAACGUCCUCGGCUUCAACGAUUUCGGCGGCACCGUCAUCGACAACGUGCUCGAGCUCCUCGGCCGAUGCAUCUCCUUCCAGCUCAUCAGCGCCACCGUCGGCGACCCUAAUAAUGGGAAUCGAGGGGUCGUCGGGGAGGAGGCAUAUUUGGAACAGCACAUCACUUUGUUGCCCUCCCUCGCUGCCGGCGAAACUGCUUACCACGUGACGUUCCACUGCGAGGAGAAAAACGGGAUUCCCGGCGCCGUUAUCGUCAAGAACAACCUCGGCUCCGAGUUCUUCCUCAAGACCUUGACGCUCGAGGACUUCCCCGGCAAGGGCCGCAUCCACUUCGUCUGCAACUCCUGGGUCUACCCGGCCGGCAAGUACAAAUACGACCGCGUCUUCUUCGCUAACACCACGUAUCUUCCGGGAGACACACCACUGCCGCUGAAACUAUACAGGGAAGAAGAACUCUGUAACCUGAAGGGAGAUAACGUCGCCGGGAAGCUGCAGGAAUGGGACCGCGUCUACCGUUACGACUACUACAACGAUCUCGGUAGCCCAGACAAGUCCAAGGACUUGGCUCGGCCCAUCCUCGGAGGGACGCCGGAGCACCCUUACCCUCGCCGUGGGAGAACCGGCCGGCCACCGACAAAGACUGAUCCCAAGUCGGAGAGCAGGCUGCCGCAGCUGGACCUGAACAUUUACGUGCCCCGGGAUGAGCACUUCGGACACCUUAAGAUGGCCGAUUUCCUCACGUAUGCCCUCAAGGGCGUCGUCGCAGGAGUGCUCCCCGUGCUGCAAGCCAUUGCGGACGUAACCCCGAAGGAGUUCGACUCGUUCGAGGACGUGCUGAAGCUCUACGAGGGCGGCCUUCCGGUGCCCCACACUCCCCUGCUUGAGGAGCUCCGACAGCGAGUUCCAUUUGAGAUGAUACGGGAGCUGCUGCGCGUCGAGGGUGGCCAGGGCCUGCUCAAGCUCCCUAAGCCCCAAGUAAUCCAAGUGGAUAAGACUGCGUGGCGAACCGAUGAAGAGUUUACUCGCGAAAUGCUUGCCGGUUUGAACCCGGUGGUCAUCAGGCGUCUCGAGGAGUUCCCUCCCACGAGCAAGCUUGAUCCUUGCAAGUAUGGCGACCAUACCAGCACGAUAACUGCAGCCCACAUAGAGCACCACCUUGACGGACUCACCGUGCAUCAGGCACUGGAGCAGAACAAGCUCUUCAUCUUGGAUCAUCAUGAUGCAUACAUCCCCUACCUCAACCGCAUCAACGCUCUCGCCGUCAAAGUAUAUGCCUCCAGAACUCUGUUGUUCCUGAGGCAGGACUCCACGCUAAAGCCAUUGGCGAUCGAGCUCAGCUUGCCUCACCCGGACGGAGAGCAGCAUGGCGCCGUCAGCAAGGUGUACACACCGGCUGAAAGCGGCGUGGAAGGAUCGAUCUGGCAGCUGGCGAAGGCCUACGCCGCCGUCACCGACUCCGGCUACCAUGGCCUCAUCAGCCACUGGCUCAACACACACGCGGUGAUGGAGCCAUUCGUGAUCGCGACGCACAGACACCUGAGCGUGAUCCACCCGAUCCACAAGCUUCUGUCGCCGCACUACCGCGACACGAUGACCAUCAACGCCUUGGCACGGCAGACCCUCAUCCCCGCCGGCGGCAUAUUCGAGUUGACGGUCUUCCCAGGGAGGUACGCGUUGGAGUUGUCUUCCACGGUCUACAAGAGUUGGAAUUUCCGGGAGCAGGCUCUCCCCGCUGAUCUGAUCAAGAGAGGAGUUGCGGUGAAGGACCGAGACGACAAGCUCUGCCUACUGAUCGAGGAUUACCCUUAUGCCGUGGACGGACUUCAGAUAUGGCAUGCGAUCGAGACAUGGGUCGGAGAGUACUGUGCAAUCUACUACCCGACGAACGACGUCGUGAAAGCUGACGCCGAGCUACAGGCCUGGUGGAAGGAGGUCCGCGAGGUCGGCCAUGGCGACAAAAAGGACGAGCCCUGGUGGCCAGCCAUGCUCACAACAUCCGAGCUAAUCGAGGCAUGCACCACCAUAAUCUGGAUCGGUUCUGCGCUCCACGCCGCCAUCAACUUCGGGCAGUAUCCCUACGCCGGGUACCUGCCGAACCGGCCAACCAUGAGCCGGCGCUUCAUGCCGGAGCCGGGCACGCCGGAGUACGAGGAGCUGAAGAAGAACCCGGACAAGGUGUUCCUGAAGACCAUCACCAGCCAGUUGCUCACGGUGCUGGGUCUCUCCACCAUCGAGAUCCUGUCGAACCAUGCGUCCGACGAGGUGUACCUGGGACAACGGGACACGCCGGAAUGGACGUCGGAUGAGACGGCGGUGAAGGCGUUCGAGGGCUUCGGGGAGCGACUCAAGGCAAUCGAGGCGGAGAUCAUGAAGAGGAACGGCGACCCGAGCUUGAAGAACCGCAAUGGCCCGGCCAAGAUGCCUUACACCUUGCUCUUCCCGAGCAGUGGGGUUGGGAUCACCGGCAGGGGAAUCCCCAACAGUAUCUCCAUCUAAGUCGCCUGUCGAAGACUGGAGUAGCCACGAAUAUUGUACCGAAUAAUUAAUUACUCAAAUCGCACAAUUAAAUCUGUGAUUGAUCUUUAAAUUAUAAAUUGAUUGAGGAUAUAAAAUA